AUGUACAACCCCAAACUUGUCACCCUCGGCCUCGCGGCUGCUACGGUCCUGCCUGCCAUGGCAAUGCUCCCCGUUGAGAAGCGGUCUGAUUCUGCUGUCGACCUUGGCACCCUCCAAGACAUGAACAGCUUCUUCGAGCUCCUGGGCUUCGACGGGAACACCACCUGGGAGACCAUCGAGGAGCCUGAGACGCACGACUGGGCCGCGAUUUCGGCCGAGGACGCCGCGAGGGUUUCCGACACGACGAGCGAUGCGCCGACCCCUGAGAAUAUUGGUCUUGCCACCCGCCAGGAGGCGAAGUGCUCGGACACGACCGGAUUCACCCAGAUCCUCUGUGAGAACAUGCCCACCCGUGCGGCCUGGUGGGCAACCGGUGGCGCAAUGGCCAUCUGGUAUGAGCCCGAGGUCUUGGUCCGCUGGACCCAUGCCAUCGCCCACGUCAUCGUCACUGCGCGAGGCCUCCGGCAGAUGAAGCCUGGCAACGAGCUGGGACGGCGAGCCGGCGAGGCCAAGCAGUACAAGUUCUCCGUGCCCGCCGCGCUCAACUCAUCCGACAGUGCCGUCGCCGCCCGCUCCACCACCAACGAGGACGGCAGCGAGAUGUCCUUCGUGAACCACUACAUCUUCGAGGAGGAGACGGGCAUCGUGCACUACCAGGGCACCAGGGCGGCCCUGGCCGCGGAAGAGCAGGCGCCGUCGGCGCUUCGCGGCGUCUCGGCCGAGAAGCGCCAGACCCACUCGUACAGAAUCGUCAUCCAGGCCACGGCGCUGUCGUCCGCCACCACCCUCGAUGCCCAGGGCUGCGUCAGCAGCAUGGUGAAGUGGCACAUCAACCGCGCCACCGAGAGCAACCGCUUCAAGUGCGUGCCCCUCGACAACCGCGGGAGCUGGAAGUUCGCUCUUCACGUCAACAUCAACAAGGGCUUGAACAACAACGGAGAGAAGGGCGAGUGCUGUGAUCUUUAA